AUGUUAGUGAACUGGUCUUAUCAUGAAAUGAACUGGUGCCAGGAGACAGACACCAGUCUGCUCCUCCGUGUCUGCUGCUGCAACCUGCUGCACCACUUCCACCCUCCGGACGAACAGACAGCGGGUGCCUGCCUGCGAGUCAGCAUGGAGCAGGAGGGGGUGCUGGUCCAGUCUAUGUACUACGGGAGAAUUGGAAGCGAGGCCACAGAGAGGCUGCUGGAGAGGUUUGGACAUGACGGCAGCUUUCUGCUGAGAGACAGCGAGACCAUGCAGGGGGCCUACUGUCUGUGUGUGAGGAAAGCACCGUUUGUGCACACCUACAGACUCAUGCACUCCACUGAGGGCUGGAGUCUUCAGAUUUCAGGGGUCAGACAGCAGAGAUUCAGGACGGUGGAGACAUUGAUAGAGAACAUCAGAAGGGGCACAGCCUCUGGUGUCAGGAUACCCCCCCUCACAGACCCACUGGACAGAGCACAGCUACAGUACUUCAGCUCUGGAGAAGACUUUGCCUACAUGGAAAUGAGCAGCAGCAGCAGCAGCAGCAGCUCUCUCUGUUGAGGCCGUACCUUCACACCGGCGGACCACCGCCGUAAAUCAGGUGGACAAACUGAAGAUGAAGAGGAGCGCACAUUUAUGUGGCACAUCAAGAAUAUGUCACAUUUCUUCGGGGUUUUCCAUGUUUAUUUUUAUCAAACCCCUAACCCCAACCCGUGUCACACAGAGUAUCGGUUUCAAAGAAUUUCACACAUGGUGUUUUACCUAACAACAACGGUGAAAAAGAAGCCACUGCAGUGUAUUAAACAUGUCAGAUUCUACUCAAGAGACCUUGAAAGUCAUUGAAAUGUUUUUGAUUUGGUGUCAUGGCAAACACUGUAUUUUGUUGCUGUGGUUUCCUGUUCUCAAACCUGUGUUCUUCACAUGUGAUGGGUCAUAACUGUGUGCUGUGUAUUAUGUUGUUUUUUGUUUUUUUUUUGCCAUAAAGAAAAUAUAUUUUUCAUAGUCGUGAUCAUGAACUGUGGUAUGUUUUUUUUUUCUACACAGACAUUGGGUUGAUGGGUUUUUGUGUCUUCUAUCUGCUCGUGUGCAGUAUCUAUACGAUCUGUGUGGUUGUCUGCACGUUUGAUUUAUCUUACCUGAAGCGACUAUAACGGGCCCACUGAGUCUAACAACACAGGAAAUGAAGCACUGCAGAUGGUACAAUCUAUUGUGGUACACUUAAUUCACCAUGUGACUUUAUUACGAUAUCUUAUAUCCAAAAUACAAGCUGAUCUCAGGUCUUACAACAAGCUCUCGCUGCUGCCAGAAGUUCUUUUGUUUGUUAAUUGCAGUGGUUGUGUUCAUUGUUGCUGUAAUAUUUAAUUCUCAGUGAUUUCUCUGUGGCCGACUGGUUCAGUUUCUUAGGCUCAUUCAAGCCAGGCCUUCAAUAAAAGCUAAACUUUC